CACCCCCCCCCCUCCCCCAUCCCAGUUCCCUCGCCUUCUCGCUGCCGCCCCCCCCCCCCCCCGGCGGCCACUUGCAAUGGCGUCACGUCGCGGUUGCCCCAGCGACGGAGGAGAAGUCGGUUUCUGUGGCGACAGAGGAGGCUUCCUCGGCGACGGCGGGGACCCCGGCGGUUUUCGCGGCGACGACGUCGGCGCCGGCUGCGCGGGGCCAGAGAGCGUGCGGGAGUUCACGCAGCACGCUCGCGACGUGUUGCGCAACCUGCAGGAGCUGCGAGCGCGCUCCGCCCUCACCGACGUCACGCUGCGCGCCGGCGGGCGAGACUUCCCCGCUCACAGCGCCGUGCUCGCCGCGUGCAGCGGGUUCUUCUACAGCGUGCUGGCGGAGUCGCGCGGCCCUGCCGGCUGUGGCGGCGGCGGCGGCGGGACGAGGGUGUUGCCCUUGCCCGGCGUGGACCCGUGCGGCCUCGAGGUGCUGCUGGACUUCAUGUACACGUCGCGCCUGCCGCUCUCCCUCGACUCCGUGCUCGGCGUCAUGGCCGCCGCGCGCUACCUGCACAUGGAGCACGUGGUGCGCACCUGCGAGGCCUUCCUCGACAGUCCCCAAGCUCUGCCGGAACGUCUCCGCAAUCUGGACCCCAACAUCCACGGCUCAUUCCCCCCGACGCUGCUGUGCGGCAUCAACCCGGGGUUCCCCCUGGGGGGCCCCCUCGCUCCCCCGCCGCUGUUCCUCCGGGGUCCCCCGUCACCACCGCCUCAGCAGCAGCCGCAGCAGCACCACCCCAUGGGCCCGCCCCCUCGCUUCACUUUCCCGGACCCCCCUCCUCCCGCCGCGCCCCGCCGCUGGGCCUCCGCCCCGGCCCCUGCCGCCGCAGACCCCGCGAGCCCCUCCGGAGGAGGCCCCGCGGCCGAGGGGCCCUCGGAGGGGGCGGGGCCCCCCGGCGCCCCCUCCGCCCGCCGGGUGUCGGAGCCGAGCAGCCCUCCUGACGGCCACCGGGAGGUGGCCCCCGCCGGCGGCCAGGUCAAGUCCUGCAACUGGAAGAAGCGACGGUUCCUCGUGCAGACGACGUCCACCUCGUCCACCUCGUCCUCCCCGCCGUCCUCCCCAUCCUCCUCCUCCUCGUCGCCCACUUCGGACGGCGGUGCGGGCGGCGGGGACGCCUGCCCCCCCACCCCCCCCUCCACCGUUGCCGCGGCGGCCGCGGCGGCGGCGGCGGCGCCCUCCACUCCGCCCACCCGGCUCUCGCCGACGCCGGAGGCCAAAGUGAUGACCACGCUGUCCCCCGUGACGCCGCGCGGGAGGGACGGGAGGGACGAGGGGGCCCCGGCUCUGUUCCCCUGGGACUUGGGCCCCAUCGUCGGCAGCGCCGUGGCCCAGCCACCGCCUCACCCCUCCUCCUCGGCCCUCGCCUCUACUCCCGCCUCCUCUUCGCCGACGCCGCCACGCGCCACCUGCGUGGCCGCGUUCGACGUGAUGAAGCUGGAGGGGGGGUCGGAGGCGAGGGGGCCAGCGGGCGAGUGGGGGGCACCGCCGUCGGCGGCGAUCUCCGGGAUCCACCAACUCACGCACUUCAAGCAGCUGGUGGACAGGCUCAAGGAGGAAUCGGGGGGCUUCAAGCGGCCCGAGCUGGGCCUCCCCGUGGCCCACAGCGCCGACAGCCCCCCGCCAGAAGGUGACGGCCACGCCGCCUCUCCCGGCCUCGCCGGCUCACCAGGCCUCGCCAUGUCGCCCGGCCUGACCAACUCGCCAAGCCACGACGGGCCGCACGACCCCACGUGCGUGCGCGCGUGCGGCGCGUGCGGCCUGGGCUUUCCCGAAGAGGGCGCCCUACGACGCCACAUUGCCCGCAUCCACGCCGACGACAAGCCCUACAAGUGCGACACUUGCCACGCCGCCUUCCGCUACAAAGGCAACCUCUCCAGCCACCGCACCGUGCACUCCGCAGGAGAGAAGCCCUACCGCUGUACGGUGUGCGGGGCGCAGUUCAACCGGCCGGCCAACCUCAAGACGCACACGCGCAUCCACUCGGGGGAGAAGCCCUACAAGUGUGACACCUGUGGGGCCUGCUUCGUCCAGGUGGCUCACCUGCGGGCCCACGUGCUGAUCCACACGGGGGAGAAGCCGUACCCGUGUGAGACGUGCGGAACGCGCUUCCGUCACCUGCAGACGCUCAAGAGUCACAUCCGCAUCCACACGGGAGAGAAGCCCUAUCACUGCGAGUCGUGCGACCUGCACUUCCGCCACAAGAGCCAGCUGCGCCUGCACCUGCGCCAGAAGCACGGUGCCAUCACAAACACCAAGGUCAAGUACCAGGUGCUGGACGCGCCCGAGGGCGGCGCGGGGCUCACCGGCGAGGGGCCCACCGGCGCCGCGGGUGGAGGGGGGGCGCCCCUGGCCGACGACGCGGGCGACGCGGGCCGCCCCUCGCCGGCGACUCGUGGCCCCGAAGCGGGGCCCGUGGCGGGGGCCCCCCGCCAGAGCCCUGACGCGGAGCCCCCAGCGGCACCUCUCGGGUUCCCGCGCAAGCGCAGCUCCAGCGGCGGCGGCGGCGGCGGCAGCGGCGGCGCCGCCUCGUCAGACGACGACGAUUCCGGACUCUCGAUGAACGGGGACCCGGAGUCGCCCGUGGCCGGAGCCGGGAGGGCGCCGUGCGGCCUGCGCUGGGUUUAGCCGGGCCUACGCCGGGCCUACGCCGGGCCUACGCCGGGCCUACGCCGGGCCUACGCCGGGCCUACGUCGUUCCCGUCUGGCCCGGUCUAAGCCGCGCCUAGACCGGUUCGGCCCUCUUUUGCCCAGCCGGCUCGCCCAUCGGCCUUCAUCCGACGAGGCCUUCGCGAGGCUUGGCCCACGGAUUCUUGCUGCUCCCCUCCCCUCUCCCUCCCAACCCCGAGACCCCCCCCCCCACCACCGUUGGUACGAGUUGGACUCCCGGUGAAGGACACGUUUCAGUGUUGGGGGAGCCGGUGGCGGUGGAGUCAACGUUGGUGGUGGGGCUGGGGGGGGGGGAGGGGUUUCAUGCACCUUAAGAGCCCGCGGUGGGCUCCGGGUUCGGCUCCGGGCCCAGCCCUCCCGUGGUGGUGGUGGUGGUCGUCAUCUCGGUUUGUGUUUUUGGUCUUCGUGGAAUUGCCGGGGGACUGCCGCGGUGCGGCGCCGAGACUCGAGUUUGACCCGACAGGAGACGCCGCGCCUCUCCAGUUCCGACGACGUUCAGACGACAACGUCGCCGCCGGCCGUCUCGAUACAGACGACGACGUGGCAACAUCGGCAGAGUCUACGCCGACCGACCGUGACGCUCGCAGCGCUGAACGUCAACAACGGCGGUAACAGCAGCCUCAAGAGCUGCGUCGACCUUGGGCCGAAUUAUUCGCCUGAACUUUGGUGUCACCGGCAGUAGCAGCCGCAGCAGCAGCACGAUGCAAUGAUCGGUGACAAUUCAGUCCUCAUCACGGCAAACCCCGCCGAUGCUCCGUGCGGUGGUGGUUCCAGUCGCAUUGCCGACCGGAUACAAGAACACACACAACACACACGGGUACACGCGCAGGUGUUCACACACACACACACGGGUACACACGCAGGAUUACGCACACACACGUAGACCGAGAUACACAGGAACACACACAAGUUGGUGCAGACAUACACAGGUACACACGGGAACACAAACGUCCGCGUAAAGCAGCCAAUGCCGCUGGCACGUGGUUGGAUGCCGUUGGCCCUUGGUUGGGGCCGACAUUCCACAUUUGCUUGGGGGUGGGUCAGGUUACGCAGGCACAGCGCGCGGGAACACGCGUGUUUUCAGCCGGAACACAUCACAUGCACAGGUGUACGCUCUCAAAGACGUGCAGAGUCAAAGCGCAGACAAAUGUCUUCAGAUGCACGGUUACACACAGGUGGGCAGACAAGAUCACAAACAUGUAGAGACACUUGCACGCCGCCCUCACAUGCAGGUGGACGCGGGUGGACAGAUGGGAACGGGUGGAGACCACCUGUCCACCGCCAGCGUCGUCCUGCCUGUGUAGCUACGCAGUAGCAGCGUUCGACGUUUUUGCUUUAGAGCGGCAGCAGUCAAAUCCGCACGGGGAUCCAGAUUCUCAUCCCCACUCUACACACUGCCUCGACUUUACCCCUGGCUCGAGACUCUACCCAUGACUCUACCCCUGGAUCGAGACUCUACCCAUGACUCUACCCCUGGAUCGAGACUCUACACACAGCCUCGACUUUACCCCUGGCUCGAGACUUUACCCAUGACCCUACCCCUGGAUCGAGACUCUACACACAGCCUCGACUUUACCCCUGGACCGAGACUUUACCCAUGACUCUACCCCUGGAUCGAGACUCUACACACAGCCUCGACUUUACCCCUCGCUCGAAACUUUACCCAUGACUCUACCCCUGGCUCGAUACUUUACCCAUGACUUUACCCCUGGAUCGAGACUCCACACACAGCCUCGACUUAACCCCUGGCUCGAGACUCUACCCAUGACUCUACCCCUGGAUCGAGCCUCUACACACAGCCUCGACUUUACCCCUGGCUUGAGACUCUACCCAUGACUCUACCCCUGGAUCGAGACUUUACCCAUGGCUCUACCCUUGGAUCGAGACUCUACACACAGCCUCGACUUUACCCCUCGCUCGAAACUUUACCCAUGACUCUACCCCUGGAUCGAGACUCUACACACAGCCUCGACUUUACCCCUCGCUCGAGACUUUACCCAUGACUCUACCCCUGGAUCGAGACUCUACACACAGCCUCGACUUUACCCCUGGCUCGAGACUCUACCCAUGACUCUACCCCUGGAUCGAGACUCUACACACAGCCUCGACUUUACCCCUGGCUCGAGACUCUACCCAUGACUCUACCCCUGGAUCGAGACUACACACAGCCUCAACUUUACCCCUGGCUCGAGACUCUACCCAUGACUCUACCCCUGGAUCGAGACUUUACCCAUGACUCUACCCCUGGAUCGAGACUCUACCCAUGACUCUACCCCUGGAUCGAGACUUUACCUAUGACUCUACCCCUGGAUCGAGACUACACACAGCCUCGACUUUACCCCUGGCUCGAGACUCUACCCAUGACUCUACCCCUGGAUCGAGACUUUACCCAUGACUCUACCCCUGGAUCGAGACUCUACCCAUGACUCUACCCAUGGAUCGAGACUCUACACACAGCCUCGACUUUACCCCUGGCUCGAGACUUUACCCAUGACUUUACCCCUGGCUCGAGACUCUACCCAUGACUCUACCCAUGGAUCGAGACUUUACCCAUGACUCUACCCAUGGAUCGAGAUUCUACACACAGCCUCGACUUUACCCCUGGCUCGAGACUUUACCCAUGACUUUACCCCUGGCUCGAGACUCUACCCAUGACUCUGCUGAUGACGCUAGACACUACCCCUGACCCUAGACAAGGCCCGUAAGAGAAGGCCGAUCUGUAUUAACACCUUUGACACCAGCCUCAGCAUUUCCCUUUUCUGCUUUUACCAAGAUACCUUAUCUCUCCCAGUAAUUAAGCCAACAACAAAACUAAUUCAAAUGGUAAUCAUUGUUAUUUCAUAAUAAUUCCGA